UCACAGAAGAAGCUGGUCCAGGCUCUCCAGCUUCCCUGGCCAGCGAAGAUGGAAGACGCCCAGGUCGACUGCCUUCGGUCAGACGCGGUAGCGAACAUCUAGCCCUCUAAGACCUAAUUCGUUUUUUUCCACUCUGACAUUGACCUUCACGUGAUCAAUUCGUUUUGAACUAACUGGGUCGAUUUCUCUUUCUAGCCUCUAUAUGAUUGUAAUGGUCUGACGAUGAAUCAUUGAAAGCAUUUGCUCACCAGAUGGUCUUUUGUUCUAGAGACUUAAAUGGGAAUUUUCAAGUUACUUAAAUCAUCCAAGCCCCCAUUAGUGGUGAAGGAGCUCAAUCAGUUCCUUAAGUUCACCACUAAGCUUGCUGAAGCCAAAUGCUGUGUUCAGUUCUUCAAUGAUUGCGUAGAGCAUAAUGAAUAUCCGACCAGAUUUUGGAAACAAUUACGCCGUGAUCGGAUCUAUCCCAAUAGCAAGACGCUUAGACGACAUGCACUAAACCAACGUGAUACCGUGCAGUCCAAGAUUGCUGAAUACGAAAGAAAUCUAGCACAACGCCACACAGCAACGGAUGAGUUAGCUGCUGAAGAAAAGAAAAUGUUUCUGGACUAUGUUCAGCUUAUCACUAGCAACCGUGUACAGCGGAGGCGUUCUUCUUUAGCAAAGUCGCUGAGCCAGCUUAAGCCGCAAGCCACGUUUCCAAACAGGCCAGACAGGUAUGUACACAACUUUUCUAGUUUGAACUUGGACACAACUUUGAUUGAAGUUCUAUCGCUUGGCUUAAAGUUUUGCGCUCCUAGACGCAGGGAUAACCGGCUUGAGUGUGAAUUACAAUUUGAAAGCUUAUAUGAUCAGACGAAAGGAUUAGUCGCUAAAUCGAAUACGGAUCUUGAACGUUUCAAGUGCUAUUUAGUGAAUUGUUGCUACCAGUAUCGUAAACUCCGCGUCCGUAAUCAUGGCCCACUAACAAGAAGGCAUCUAGAUGCGCUGAAAGAACUAAAGCGCAAUGAGGAAAUCGUCCUAUGCAAGCCGGAUAAAGGUGCAGGAAUCGUGUUACUCGAUCGAAAAGAUUACAUAGAUAAACUAACAGCAAUACUGAGCGAUGAGACAAAGUUUGCGUGUAUUGAAGGAGAAAGGGACCGAACUGAACAAGUUGAAACACAGAUAACUAAGAGCUUGCAAGAACUCCGGACCAAGGGGUACAUUUCGGAUGCUCUGUAUGACAGCCUUAAACCGAGUGGCACAAGCGUCCCAAGACUUUACGGGUUACCAAAAAUCCACAAACCUAACAUCCCACUUCGUCCUAUUUUAUCAAUGGUUAACUCGCCGUACCAUGCCGUUGCUCAGUGGCUUGUAGAACUUCUUGAACCUGUGCGACAACAGCUCGCUAUCUACAGUCUUCGUGACAGCUUCCAUUUCGUCGAAAGCAUCAAAGAUGAUAACAUCAAUGAGAAAUUAAUGUUAUCUUUCGAUGUCGUCUCACUUUUUACAAACGUCCCAUUGCUUGAGACGAUCGAUUACAUUUGCGACUAUAUAGCCGAGUCAGGAAUAAAAAUGUGUAUACCUACGCGUGAGCUUAAGAGCCUACUGUUACGCUGCACCUGGAAUGUUCAGUUUCUAUUUAACGGGAAAUACUACCGGCAGAAGGACGGCGUGGCCAUGGGAUCCCCUCUCGGACCGCUAUUAGCGGAUAUCUUCAUGGCAAAGCUGGAGAGGAACGAAAUGCGGGCGGCGAUAGACCUUUUUGACCGCUAUCAUCGAUACAUGGACGAUAUAUUUGUUGUGGUGGAUAAACAUGUUAAUCUGGAGGAAAUUCUUGACCACUUCAACCGGGUGCAUGCAGCAGUGCAGUUUACUUACGAGAAGGAAAGCGAUAACCGGCUACCAUAUCUCGAUGUCUUGUUAACAAGGAGACCAGAUGGAUCCAUCCAGCGUCAGGUCUACAGAAAACCAACGUGGAUAGGUCAGUACACGAAUUUUUACAGUUUCGUCCCCAUGAGAUACAAACGCAACUUGGUUCACUGUCUUACGUCAAGAGCACGUCGAAUCUGUACGGAAGACACCCUAGACGCGGAGUUAAUGUUCAUACAGAACACUCUACGUGAAAACGGUUAUCCCGAUAGAUUUAUCCUAAGGAACCUCCUAGAAAAACCGAAACCAGUGGCAGUGUUAACAGCGCCAAAGAAAGAGUUAUUUAUUCGCUUACCAUUUAAAGGGGACGCGGCUACCGAGCGUCUAACCAGAAGCCUUUCGGCCGCGGUAAAGUCGACCUUUCCAGCAGCCUCGUUGAAGUGCGUGUUCUCAACGGAACCACUCAUUCGUUCACAAAACAAGGACAAGCUGCCGAUGCUGACCACAUCAAUGGUGAUUUAUCAAUUCGUGUGCGCCUGUGGCGCGACGUAUAUUGGUCGAACGGCGCGGCAGUUAUCGAAACGCGUGAACGAACAUUGCCCUCGCUGGCUUCGUCAAGGGGGCAUCGGAAUCAUUAGUAGCGCCAUUCUGGCCCACAUUGUGGACACCGGCCAUGAAGUGGAUUGGAAACGCGCUUUCCGAAUAGUUUACAAGGUUCCACCGCACCGAACGAAAGGUUACCGCCUUCGUAUGCUUGCGACAGCUGAAGCAAUAUGCAUUCGAUUGUUCCAGCCGUCCUUAUGCUCACAGAAGAAGCUGGUCCAGGCUCUCCAGCUUCCCUGGCCAGCGAAGAUGGAAGACGCCCAGGUCGACUGCCUUCGGUCAGACGCGGUAGCGAACAUCUAGCCCUCUAAGACCUAAUUCGUUUUUUCCACUCUGACAUUGACCUUCACGUGAUCAAUUCGUUUUGAACUAACUGGGUCGAUUUCUCUUUCUAGCCUCUAUAUGAUUGUAAUGGUCUGACGAUGAAUCAUUGAAAGCAUUUGCUCACC